CAGGAUGUUUUUUCUGAAGAUUUAUUCUGUGAUCCUCUAAGCAAUUCAGCCGGCAUUAAUCUAACAAAUCUUUCCGAGGAUGCUUCGGGAAUUCCUUCCGGAAAUAUUUUAUGAUCUCCAACCAACCAGACAGAACCAUGCAUCGAUCAUCAGACAACCACAGGAUCCAGCCUCGACGCCAACAUGCAAGUAAACCCAAGUCAACCUGAAACAGAACAAGAAAAAACAUACAGAUCCCUCCCCUACAUACCAACUUUAUCCCAACGAAUAACAAAAAUCCUUGCCAUAGACUAUCCCGACAUUUCCAUUACGACCAGACAGCAACGUACAAUUAACGAUCUCCACACCAAAGUUAAAUAUCCUAAAAGAAAAGAAGAGAUUAGUAAUGUUAUAUACAAAAUUCCCUGUAACGACUGCAACAACUGCUAUAUUGGUAUGACGAGAAAUAAUUUGCACCGUAGAUUAGCUGGACAUAGAUCAAAUGUAAACAAACUGGACAAAAUGAUUAAUGACAAUACAAACACUGAAACAGCGACCACCGCAUUAGUUGAAGCGACAACCGCACUAAUACAACAUUGCGUAGACCAUAACCAUCGAUUCAACCUAGACCAGACACAAAUUGUAGACCACAGUCACAAACAAUCCACACUUCCAUUCCUAGAAAUGUGCCACAUUGCUAACACAGAACACACAGUCAAUAAAAGAACAGACAUAGACAGGCUAAGUACGACAUACGCGGGGAUACUACACAGUAUUAGGAACAUUGACAAACACAACAAAUCGAGAAACAAUAAUAAUUUAGACGAAAGUUAGAUUAUUCCGAUAGGGCAUCACCGCUACCAAAAUGAACGGUCCGAAUAAGGGAGUAUGCUAAAGAGGGAAAAUUUUCGCCAUUGCCAAAAAACCGUUAAACUGAAAGUGAUUCCGAAGUGUAAGAUAUUUUAAUGUUAUAGUUUUAAAGGACAUAAUUAAUUGAUAAACCGCACACCCACUUUACAGCAUGUACCAAAAACGACACAAAAAGGGACAGUUACAGUUAGACAAAACAAUUGACAAAAAACGAUAGUAAUUAUUUUCCCCCUGAGGAAGACACUAUCCCCGUGUCGAAACGUCGGGUGAAUAAAACAACUCGUUUUUUAAAUCCCAAGACUGCGUAGCCGUUAAUCGAGAGAGUCAACCAUACAGUCGUAUUUCAAUAGCCAUUUAUGAUCUCCUUCCGAAAUUACCUCAGGAAUUCUCCCGGGAUUCCGCCACGACUGCUCUAGGAAAUGCAUGCAAGGUUCAUUCUAGGAUUUCUUGAGAAAAAAAAUAUUUCUGAGGUUUAUCUAGGAAACCGUCCUGGAAUCUUUCAAGGACUUCUUCCGGUAUUCUUCCAAGAAAUUCUUCCAGGAACUCGUUCCAGGAUUCUUUAAAGAAUUACUUCUGCGAUUCUUUCAAGAAUCCUGUGAAUUACUGUGGGAAUUCUUUCGAACUCCUUACAGAGUUACUUCAUGAACCUCUUUCGAGAUUCCUCCAGAAACUACUGCCUGGGUUCGUUUGGAAACUCCUUCCGGCAUUCCUCCGGGAACUCAUUCUGGAAUUCUUCCAGAAGCUUUUCCUGGCAUUUCUUCAGGAACCCUGUUCAGGAUUUUUCUAGGGAUUCUUUUCUGUAUUCCUCCAGAAGUACCUUUUAAAACUUCUGUAGAUCCUUCUGGAUAACGUCAGGAAGUUCAUUCCGGAAUUCUUCCAGAUAUUCCCUCAGAUAGAAAUCCUCCAGGAGGCUAUUAGGGAAUUCUAUCUAGCGUAUUUUGAGGAAUUCCUCCUGGAGUUUUUUUUUAUGGAAUUCCUUACGAGACUCCUCUCGGAAAUUCAUAUAAAGCUCCUACAGGAGUUUCUUGAGGAAUUCCUCCAACAUUUUCUCAAGCAACUCUCCCAAUAGCUUUGCAAGGAAUUUUCCCCGGAGUUCUUUCUUGUUUGCAUCCUAUUGUGCCUUCCCGGAUUCCAUGUUUCCACGCAUUCCUUAUGGAAACACAAGUUUUGAAGACAUUCCAAAGAAAGAAUUCCUGGAGAAAUCCAAGAAGGAAUGUCUCCAAAUCGUAGAAGGAACCUCAGAAGGAAUCAUAUAAGGAGUUCAUGGAGGUAGCCCAGCAGAAUCGUUUUAGGAAUCUCAGAAGAAACUCCAGGAAGAAUUCCCAGCGGAAACUUCUGAAGAAACCCCCCAAGAAGAUUCUCAUGCUGACCUCCCUGAGAAAUCCCAUCCAAGAAGAACCUGGAAUUACUUUCUGGAGAAACCACGGAAUUUCGGGAGAAAAUUUGGAAAGAAUUUCCAAUGGAAUCCAGGAACUCCUGGAAGAUUUCUCAAGAAAUUCGGAAAGAAUCGGUGGAGGUAUUCCUGGAGUACCGUAAACCGGGGUCUAAUUGAUCAGCGUGGUGAAAUUGAUCAUACGCGGACCUAAUUGUAAUUCUAUAUUAUGAUCAUAAAAUUUAUACCUCAUCUAGUUCAUAGAUGUUUAGAGAUGGGUGUGGACUUUUCAGUGUUUAGAAAAAGUUAGUUUUGUAUUACUUUUUUAAGGGUUUUUCAAUGUGUUUCUUACAUAGGCAAAACCGUUGGUACUAAAGGGCGAACACGAUGAAAUUGCCACGCAGAAAAUAUUGUAUAACUUUUGAUUGCGUUUGUCAAAGUAGCUAAUUUUUUGACCAUGAAGAGUAUACUAUGUGUAGCUAAUACCAUAAAAUUUUCAAUAAAGUCGGUUUGCUAUUUUGGCUGAACGUAAUCAAAAGUGUGUUCUCAUUUUUGUGGAACCUUUAUUGUGAUGGGAUGUAGCUGUUCUGGACAUGAAUUAGUUUCAAAAGCUUAGUUUUUAGUUGAAAAAGUGAUUUAAAAGACACGGACAACGUCUUCAGCUUUCGGCUGUACAGACUGUUUUAAACUUAACAUUAGACAACGGACAACGGAGCAUGCACCAGUGGAAACGGGGAAGAAACUAUUCUCACGAAAAGUUUCAACGCCCGAAGCGGGAAUCGAACCCUCAUCCCAUAGCAUGGUGCGAUUAUAAGCUUGGUUACCCCAACCGCACGGCUACGAGGCUUUCAUUUUAACUCUUUCAUUUUAAAGAAAAUUGCAUACCUUCAGGCGUUUAAUGGUCAAUUUCAAAAUUUCAAUUAAAAAUUAAGCAGCUGAAUCCAUUAGUAAUGAGAGUUUUAAUGCGUUAUUCGUGUUCAGAAGAUCAAUGUUUAGUAGAGAAGGCAAUUUAUUAUUCUUACCGAUGUUAAUCAAUUUCGCCCCAAAAUGGCAUAUUUAUUUUUUUUUUAUUUCUGAAGUGAUUUAACUCAAAGUUUAUCCACCCGGUACUGGUUUUGCAGAAAUUAUUUUGCCAAUAUUUGAAUCGCUACAAAUGUUAUCUGCAAAAGAUGUUUUGAAGUGAUCAAUUUGACUCCGGAUUACGGUACUCGAAUUUCUCGAAGUCCGAAUCGUAUACUACAUGGCCAUGAAACUUCAAAGACUUAAAUGAAAUUACCUUAGCAACCGCAGCGUGCAGUGCCCUAUUACAUCAAUGAACCGUACAUUCAAACAGUCAAGAUAGAGACAAAUCAUCGACCUUGUUGUUGUUGUUCAGGAAUAAUUUUGUUAGUAAUGAAGAAAGGGUAAAUUUUGUAGUGUAUUAAACAAUAAAGAAUUAGUUAUUUGUUUUUUUUUUAUUGAAAAUAGUUCGAAUCGCUCCAGGUACUUCGGAGAUGAUCCAACAUCGGUAAAUGAAAAUUAUCCACUAAACAUCUAGAGCCAGUCAUUUAGUAAAAUUCCUAUUGAGUUUGCAUUCCCUGAAAUUAGAUUUUCUACAAUAAAUUAAAACUAACUCAACUACGUCAAUGAGGCUUCAGGGAUGUUUUAGAUGAGUUUCAAGGCGUUUUGGAGGUAUUCCCGGGGUUUUAGGGGGAUCCCUGAUAAAAAAUAUCAUAAAAAUACGAUAAAUUUUAUUGUUACAACACCAUUUUUUCGAAAACUAUUCACCAUUAAAUGUAUUGUAAUUUGCACAGCACACUCACCAUCACCCCUAUUGUUCUAUACCAUUCGGCGAAUGGUAAAUGGCACUUUUACAAUAAAAAAUGGUGAUCGUUAUGUAUCUUAACCAUAAAAUUUUAAGAAAAUUUUCAUACACUUUUUCGCGAAAAACAAUAGAAUGUAUUGUGUUUUUAUGAGACAUUUAUAGGGCAAUUUUCAAAAGAAAACAAUAUAUCUUAAUGAUUUUUCAUUGUUCUUACAAUACAAAUACAAUUAAUUGAAUGGCGUCAAAUGAAUUGUUGUUACAAUAAAAAUACAAUAAUAUUUGUUGUUAUUUGUAAGCAGUUUUCGCUUUCGAAAAUCCAUAGAAUUAAUAUUUCCCGCCAGUGGCGUAGCUAGGAAUUUGGGGGCCCGGUACGGAACAAAAUUCGUGGGCCCCCAUGAAAAUUACUGAUCGCUCUGUUGUAUUUUGUACAAAACGAUGAAAAAACCUAUCAAAUCCAUCAAUGAACGUAAGAUUUUUUCUAUGAAUUAUGUCGAAUGUUUUUAACAAAUUCUUUGGGAAUUGUACCAAGUAAUAUUUAAGGAAUUCCUUCAAAGAUUGCUUUACCGUUUUCUUUGAAAAAAAAUCUUUCUUGAAGAACAAUUUGUCUUCAAGAAUCUUUCAAUUCGUUAAUGCAAGGAUGUCAUUCAGUAUUUCUUUAAGCACUCCUUCAGGAAUUCUUACAGUGUUGUCUCCGAGGAUGUUUUCAAAAAUACUUCAAAGUACUUCAUAAGAUUCUUGCAAAGGCUUCAUCGAGUAUUUCUCGAAACAUUUGUUCAGGAAGUCCACCAGGGUUUCUAUCAAUAAUAUCUCUGAGGAUUUAUUUGGAAGAUUCCAGAAAAAAAUGCUACAAAAAAUUCUCCAAAGAUUUUUUGGAACCACAUAUUCUUCCGAAAAAAUAAAAUCGGAAUCGGGUUCUGUAGGGGUAUCUCGAUUUUUUCAUAAUUGGAAUCUCCGUCCAAAAAAUAGUCGAAAUCCAAAAUUUUAUCAUUUUUGAUGCCCGGGAACUAUUUUUAAAAUCCAUUUAAAGUUUGUAUGGGGAUUUUUUUUUGUUCGGGGUGAACUGUCAUUUUAUCGAUUGAAUUGUCAUUCUACCCACGGAAAUUAAAACUGUUUAGUUAAUUUAACCGGGAACACAAAGGAAUUGAAACGCAAUAAAAUCACGUUAUGCUCACAAGGAUUCCAAGGAUUUCUUCAGAAAUUCCUCCUAUGAUUCCUUAAAGAACGCUUGUAUCGAUAAAAAUCUGCAAGGGCUCUUCAAGUCCCAAAGAAUCCGUUGGAUAUUUUUUUUUAAUCUCCAAGGAUUCCUACAGAAGUUCCUCUAAGAAAAUUCUCAGAGGAACUUCGUAGGAGUUUUGCAGAAAUUCUUUCGAAAAAUCCUUCUGGAAUUCCACCAACGAAUUCUUUAAUGUUCAUCAACUCAAGGACAUUUUCCAAGGAUUCCUACAGGGAUUUUUGCUAACAUUUCUCUGGGCACUAUUUAAAAUAAAAUCAAUUGUGAUUUCUCAAAGUUCUUUCGAGACCUUCUUUUACCAGGUUAUUAAUGAUCCCGCUAGAAAUUCCUCCGAAAAAAUCGUUUCAAAAAUUCUCUGACCCUGGUAGGGUCAACAUGCCCUUACUAAUCCUAUAAUCGCAAAUGAAUUCUAUUCGAAAACUAAGCGAUUACGGAACCGAUGAUUACGUAAUUUUUGUUAUCAUUCGUGCUCACUUCUAACAAAAAUACAAAAAAAAAAGAAACAAGACAGAUUUGAGACGGAUGAAAAUUGGAGCGUAUAUGCUUAAAUAGUAAAGGAGCAGAUGCGCUAUCUUAUCAAAUAAAAAAAAAAUUCUCAUGCUACUCCAAGGAUUCCUCCUAAGACUGUUUUGCUACUUUCUUCAGGAAUUCUUUAAGAAUGCCUAGAAGCAUCUUUUAAGUGAUUAAUGCAAGAUUAGGAUUUCAUAGAGGAUAUCCAUAGAGAAUUCUUCAGGAAUCGAUUUUAGAAUUCCUACGGGAAUUUUUCCAAGGAUUUCUUAAAUAUUUCUCCAAAACAAAACUUUCGUAAAUUUGUCAAAAAAUUGUUUCAGAAUUUCUUCAAGGAUCUUGUUAGAAACUACUGCAAGGGUUUCAUCAAUCGAAUAAACCUUUUCUUGUUUAUUUUAUUUAACAAUUUCUCUAAGAAUUCAACCGAGGAUUACUCUUGGGACUUUUCCAGGACCCGCUUUAGGAAUUCUUCCAAGGUUUUAUUCAAAAUUUUAAAGAAAUUCCUUCAAAGAGGCCUUUAGAAAUCCCUCCCAAACUUUCUUCGGGAAUUUUUCUAAAGAUGUCUUUAGUAGUUCAUCCAAUGAAUGCUCUUACGAUUUCUCCAAAGAUUCGCUCAAAAUUUAUUUAAGUAUUUUCUUAGAAUUUCCUCAAUUGAUUUCAUUCAUUCUUACUUAAACUUUCAGGACGCGCACCUGUUCGAGCCUAAAAAUACACUGUGCUUGCGCUGUACACGACGAGCGAGGUUUUUUUUGGUAUUGUUGUACUUUUUACAACGACGCGCGUCCUGAAGGGUUAAACUGAUGUCCCCAAGUAUUUCACAAAUUAUUUUCUUUACAACAAAUCUUUCGGGCAUUCUUUCAUGCAAGGAUUUCUUCAUGUAUUUAUAUAAUUACUUCAGCAAGAUUUUUUCGAAGAUUUUUAAGAAAUUCCUCCAAAAAUUUAUUCAAGGAUUCAAGAACUCCUCAUUAGAAAUUAAAAAAAAAACAUAAGAUUUUUUUUUUCAAGAAAUAAAAUAAAAAAAAAAACACAUUUUUAGAAAUUGCUUUGUGAUUUUCUUAGGGAAUUGUUUGUAAACUUCUCUGGUUAUUUUUUUUUUGUGAUUUUCUUCGGCCGUUCCGUUUUAAAUUCUUGGAUUUUUUUUUAAUUCGCAAGAGUGUAUCUCAUAGAACUCUAAAACCAGACAAAAACCAGCUGCAUAACAGACGUAGUUCCGUAAAGAAUUAUGAAAAAAAAUCCAGAGGAAUUACCAAAGGAAUUUUCUGAGGAAUUACCGGAGUCAGUCACCUGUCGAAUGAAUUUCUAAAAAACCAAUGAAAUAAAAACAAACGUAAAUUUCAGGCAUAUUAGCAAAGGGACUGCCGGUGAAACUUUCUAUGAAAUUGCUGAAAUCCCGUAGGAAUUUCCUGAUAAAUUUCCAAAGCAAUUGCCCAAAGAAUAUCGAAACUUCAAAAAUAAUAACUAAAAUCAAUUUAGAAUAUUAUUGCCGAAAAAAAAAUUAAUUUCCUUCCAGAAUUCUCACAGAAAUUCCUCCAGAAAAUUCUACUGUGAUUCUUUCAAUGAAUCCUUCAGGUAUUCUUACAAGGUUUCCAUCAGGAACACCAGUUUCGUCCAGAUUCCCUUCACGAAACUUUUGAAAAUGAUUCUUACUAUUUCAUGAUGCAUUUGUUCCAAGUGAGGAACUCCAAGAACUUUUUCUUGAAUAUAUUUUACGAUUUAUCUAGGAAUUACUUCAAGGACUUCUUUACAAAUUUCUCUAAAAUAUCCUUCAAAAGUUGCUACAAACUCCUCCAUGCGUUUCUGAAGCAAUUUCUUCAAUUAUAUGUAUUCCCAUGAAUUCUAUAAAAAGUUUUUUAAGAUUUACACAAAUGAUUCUUUUGGGGCUAUCUCACAUAAUCACUUCAGCAAUUUUGUAGAAGAAUCCUUUAGGAAUUCUUUUUUAAGAAAUUUCUCCAAGAAUUUCUUUUUGAAAUUCCUCAAAUGGUUUUACUUGAAGUCCUUCAAAAAAUUUCUUAAGAAUUUGUUCAAGCACUUCUUUAGUUCUACCUGCGGGGAUUUCGUCAGAAUACCUCCAAUAAUUGCUGUAGAAAAUCGACCAAAGAUUCCUUUAGCGAGUUCUUCAAGUCCUUUUUCACAAUUCGUUCAAUAAUCUUUUAUGAAAGUUCAGUGAAGAUUUAAUCUUUUUCUCCGAGGAUUUUUUUUUUCAAGCUACAAUACAAAGAUUCGUUCAAGGAUUUUUUAAAGUUUUCCUUCAGAUAAUCAUACAAGUAUGAACACAUUCAUCCCCAAAGGACAGAAUUUUCCCCAAGGCCUCCUGCAAAAAUUUCUUCAAAUAUACAGGAUCUCUUUUAUUUUUCGAUUUGCUCCAAAGAAUUUGAGAGGAAUUCAUUGAGGUUUCCGCCAUUGAUUUCUUUGAGUAAUAAUAGGCAUGGCAUCAUUAGUUCUUCCAAAAAUCUCUUUGCCUUCAAAAUUUCUUCAGGAAUUCUUUACCUAAAUCCUUCCUUGUACUUAGUACUACUACAUAGUACUGUAGUAAUCCUUCAAGAAUGUCAUCAAAGAUACCUGCAAAAUCAACCCAAUGAUUCUUUCCGGAUACGUCUUGGAAUUCAUCAAGACAAAGAUUCUAUAAGAAAUUCCUCCAAAAAUUCUUGCAAACAUUUCUACAAGAAUUCCUUCGGGAAUACCUCCACAAUUUCUUUAGAAAAUCUUCCAAGGCUCCAUUCAGGUAUGGCUCCAAGCGUGAUCUCCGAAAUUCAUGAAAAAUAUUUUCCAUGAGGAACUCCUACAAGAUUAUUUCCUAAGGCUCAUCUGAGGGAUUCCUUGAAGGACUUCAUGACAUAAUCCUUGUAGGAUUUUAUGAAGGAAUUCGAAGUGGUAUUCCUGAACGAAUGUUUGAAGAAAUUCCUGAAAAAAUCCUUGAAGGAAUUCAUGAAGGAUUCCUUGAGAAAUUCCUGUAGAAAUUUCAGACUCUAGUUUAAUUUAAAAACACUUCACUAAUACUUUACUUUUGCAAAAGAAAAUAAAAAAUGAAUAACUCUUUUAAAGAAAAACUAGAAAGGACUAGCAAAUUCCUUUUAAUUCUACUACUGUGCUUAUCUUCGGACAGAUAGGCCUAUUUCGUCUGUGACUUACAGACUUCUUCAGUGUCAAGUGCUCGACUGAAGAAAACCUCGCAUUCGUUGUGGUAUUUAUACUAGAAGUGUAUGUGUAGGUACGUGUGUGGGUAAAAGUGUAGGUAUAAAAAUGUAGGUACAAAAUUGUAGGUACAGUUUUGUAAAAAAGUGGGUGUAUCUACCUGUUAGAAAACAGGGUGUCAAUAAGAUACCUAAAGCUAGGAAAAUUCCUACCGAUUUGGUAGGUAGUCAAUUGGUGUUUGUUGUGUUAUUUUUUCCUGCCGAUUUGGUAGGUAGUCAAUUUGUGUUUUGUGUAUUGUGUAAUGUUUUGUGUGUGUUAGGUAAAAAUUUAAACAGCCACGUGUACCCAUUGCCCUGAUCCUUGUUAAGUAGUUUUUCAUUGUUUUGUUUGUAAAUUUCUAAACUUUCUGCAACAUCAAGUUUCCAUGGGUUAGUAAUGUGUCGUAAGAGUUUAAUAUUUGAAGUAUUCAAAAAAUGUCCUUCAUUGAAAAUAUGUUCAGCAACUUUAGAUUUAAAAUGGUGAAUGAGUCCCUUGUCUGUGUCUUUGUGUGCUUUUGAUACUUCCGUUAUGUGUUCUUUGAAUCGUGUGUUGAGUGUGCGUUUUGUUUGUCCUAUGUAUAUUUUGUCACAGUGAUUACAAGUUAUUUUGUAAACACCAGAUUUUGUUAAGUUGUCCAACGGGUCUUUCGUAGAUCCUAAGAGAGUUUGAAGUUGGUUAGCUUUGCUUGUGAAAACUAAUUCAAAACCAAACUUUCUGAGGAUUGGUCGGAGUUUUUUGGUGUCAUUGUUGUAGUUCACAAUUAUCCGUUUAAGUGUAGGUUCUGUCUGUGUCAGUGUAGUCAAAGAACGUCUGUAUUGUUGUUGUCCACUUUCUCCAUUUUUUAGUGAAAUUUUUAUGGCAAAUUUGGAAAAACGCUUAGAAAACAACAAACAGCUUCCUGAAGUCUGGUGGAGAUACGUUGACGACGUGUUUAGCAUUGUUAAGAAACAUCUUUUACCUGAAAUCUUGAACAAUAUCAAUAAUGCACACAAAAACAUCGAAUUCACUUGUGAAAUUGAACAGAACAACCAACUACCAUUUUUGGACAUACUCAUCGUAAAACAAGAAUCAACACUUUCCUUCGAAAUUUACAGAAAACCGACACACACUCAACGCACUAUUCCAAAUUCAUCAAAUCACUCACAUCAACACAAAAUUGCAUCCUUCAAUCACAUGAUACACCGAAUGCAGACACUUCCACUUAGUGAAACAGGAAAAACGAAAGAACUUAAUUACAUUUUCGAAACAGCACAGUUGAACGGUUACACAAAACAAACAAUACAACAGAUCAUCAACAAAAAGACACAACAACAAUACAGACGUUCUUUGACUACACUGACACAGACAGAACCUACACUUAAACGGAUAAUUGUGAACUACAACAAUGACACCAAAAAACUCCGACCAAUCCUCAGAAAGUUUGGUUUUGAAUUAGUUUUCACAAGCAAAGCUAACCAACUUCAAACUCUCUUAGGAUCUACGAAAGACCCGUUGGACAACUUAACAAAAUCUGGUGUUUACAAAAUAACUUGUAAUCACUGUGACAAAAUAUACAUAGGACAAACAAAACGCACACUCAACACACGAUUCAAAGAACACAUAACGGAAGUAUCAAAAGCACACAAAGACACAGACAAGGGACUCAUUCACCAUUUUAAAUCUAAAGUUGCUGAACAUAUUUUCAAUGAAGGACAUUUUUUGAAUACUUCAAAUAUUAAACUCUUACGACACAUUACUAACCCAUGGAAACUUGAUGUUGCAGAAAGUUUAGAAAUUUACAAACAAAACAAUGAAAAACUACUUAACAAGGAUCAGGGCAAUGGGUACACGUGGCUGUUUAAAUUUUUACCUAACACACACAAAACAUUACACAAUACACAAAACACAAAUUGACUACCUACCAAAUCGGCAGGAAAAAAUAACACAACAAACACCAAUUGACUACCUACCAAAUCGGUAGGAAUUUUCCUAGCUUUAGGUAUCUUAUUGACACCCUGUUUUCUAACAGGUAGAUACACCCCCUUUUUUACAAAACUGUACCUACAAUUUUGUACCUACAUUUUUAUACCUACACUUUUACCCACACACGUACCUACACAUACACUUCUAGUAUAAAUACCACAACGAAUGCGAGGUUUUCUUCAGUCGAGCACUUGACACUGAAGAAGUCUGUAAGUCACAGACGAAAUAGGCCUAUCUGUCCGAAGAUAAGCACAGUAGUAGAAUUAAAAGGAAUUUGCUCGUCCUUUCUAGUUUUUCUUUAAAAGAGUUAUUCAUUUUUUAUUUUCUUUUGCAAAAGUAAAGUAUUAGUGAAGUGUUUUUAAAUUAAACUAGAGUCUGAAGUAACAAGUUCUACUAAAAGCUCUAAAGUAAUAGUAAAGCCUGUAGAAAUGCUUGGAGAAGUUCCUGAAGGAAUGCAUCAUUGUAAGCUUUCCUAAAUCAAUGCUUAGAGGAAUUUCUGAAGUAAUCCCUGAAAAAAGCUCUGAAGUUAAUCUUAGAUGGGGGAGAAUCGACUGUAU